UGACGGCCAUUUGCCCUGCAGGUAUAUCCAGAGCUGCAGAUCACAAAUGCGGUGGAAGGCACGCAGCCAGUUACCAUAGACAAGUGGUGCAAGAAAGGACGUUCAUCAUGCAAAAGCCAAAUGCACAUCGUGGUACCCUACCAGUGUCUUGUGGGCGAGUUUGUGAGCGAAGCACUUCUUGUACCAGACAAGUGCAAAUUCCUACACCAAGAGAAAAUGGACUCCUGCGAGACCUACUUGUAUUGGCAUAGUGUGGCUAAAGAGGCCUGCAGUGGUGAACAUCUUGAGCUACACAGCUACGGCAUGCUACUGCCUUGUGGAGCCGACCGUUUCCGAGGUGUGGAGUAUGUGUGCUGCCCCUCACGCCCACCAGCCAUCAGGGUGGAGCAAACUACGGAGGGUCCCCCGGUGCUUGCCCACUUAAGAGAGGAAGCCCUGCGCAGCAACAAAGUCCCGACAGGGCGUAUUCCAACAGAGGAAGAAAGCUUGGAAUUGGAGGAAGACAGGAAUGUGGAUGAAGAAGAGGAAGAGGAAGUGGAGGAAGAAGAAGAGGAGGAGGAGGAGGAGGAAGAGGAGGAAGAAGAAGAGAUUCCUGGAGAAAGUGCUCCUGACUCUAACCGUUUCCGUACUGCCUGGGAUGACUAUUACGUGGAGCCAGGAUACUACGAUGACAGCAUCACUCAAACCACCAUCACCACUACAACUCAGACCACAGAAGAAGAUGUCAAAGUGACCCCAACCCCUCGCCCAACGGAUGGGGUGGAUGUUUAUUUCGAAAUGCCUGGAGAUGGGAAUGAACAUGCCAACUUCCUGCGAGCCAAGAUGGACCUGGAGGAGCGGCGCAUGAAACAGAUUAAUGAGGUGAUGAAGGAAUGGGCUGAAGCUGACAACGAAGCCAAAAACCUGCCUAAAACAGACCGGCAAGCACUGAAUGAGCCUGACCGCAUCCUGACCGCUCUGAAGAGAUACGUACGGGCCGAACAGAAAGAUCAGCGUCACACUCUCCGCCAUUACCAGCACGUGGCGGCGGCUGAUCCUGAAAAGGCUGAACAAAUGAAGUUCCAGGUGUAUACUCAUCUCCAUGUCAUUGAGGAACGGAUGAACCAAAGUCUUGCGUUGCUGUACAAGAAUCCCCAGCUAACCCAGGAGCUCCGAGGAGACAUAGGAACCUGACACCUUGGUAACCAUCAACCGAGGGGCCCUGAUUGGUCUCCUCAUCGUAGCAGUGGCGGUUGCCAUGGUGAUUAUCAUCAGCCUCCUGAUGGUUCGCCGAAAGCCAUAUGGGACCAUCAGUCACGGCAUUGUUGAGGUGGAUCCCAUGGUUAGCCCGGAGGAGCGGCAGUUGAACAAAAUGCAAAACCAUGGCUACGAAAACCCCACGUACAAAUUCUUUGAAGAGAUGAACUGAGUUCCUUGGGGCUGGGGCUUGUGGCAUGACCGGGGGUGGUGGGCAUGACCAUGUGGAUGGAGGGGUUGGCAUGUAGAACGGGAGAAGGGUGUUUUUCCACCCAAGAGCCCUUCUCUUUUUCUGUGCCCCGUCUGAGCUUCGCUCUCACCACCUCAUCCGCCUUCUAUUUUGUUCUUCCAUUUGCCAUUCCUGCUUCAUACUUCCUGGGCUUUCUAGCUACUGCUACAAGCCGACUCCUUGCCAUUUAUCCCACUUCUUCCAUUUCAACUUCUCAAGGUCUAAAUGCCUGUAUCGACACGCGCACCAUGGUUGCGUUCACACAACAUGCUUAACCAGCUUUCUUACAAACCUGCCUUUGCUGAAGCACUCGGCUUGAUUCAUCUUAAUCUUGUGUUGUGUUAUUUUUUUUUUAUGGCUUAGCAUGUUGGGCAAACAGAUCCGAUUUGGUUCGUUUUCAGAUGGGAUGUCCUGUGGGAAACCACCCGCGUUGGUUAAUCCCGCCGUCUAGUUCAGCAUGUUGUGUGAACCGAGGCAUUCCCACCAAGCUGCCAGCAUCAGGUUUCAACUCUUGUAUUUUAAGCCAACUCAUCUCAAUGGGUAAACUGCACGUUGUGGAGAGAAACAGUUGAACCUACAGAAUCUAUCAUGCAGUUAUGGGGCCACCAAAUGUCACACUGUGCACCCUUAAAACCUCUAUGUUCCAAUCAGUAACCAGUGCUCAUUGUGCAUCUUCCUAACUCACCUGGGGCCAAAUCUCAUGUUAAAAUAACAGCCCAUAACUCAGUAUCCCCACAAAAAAAAAAAACACAUCACCACCAAGCCCCUUAGAGACACUCAUCACGUGGUUUUCCACAAAGCACCAGACCCUACAUAUUCCACGGCACACAUUUGUGACUCCGCUUUGCAGGAUUCUGUUGAAAAAUGCAACACUUCCAGCAUACCUGUCAGACAAGGGUUACCAUCGCACGCUAGAAUUGCCCAUUGCUAACCUAGCUUGCCUCUGGCGUAGAAACCUGAUUCCACCUUCACUUGCUUGCCUUUUUCUAUCUCUGUUUGUCUUCUGCUUCUUUACUACACUGAACUCUUCACUCCUUGCACCUAAUUUAUUGGAAAGCCAGCUAAAGGCUGAGUAGAUUGGGAUAAGAUAGCAUCCAUCAGCACUUUACUUGACUAGUUUGGAGAGGGGAGAUUCAAAGAUUGAGGCUCUUUUUUCUACACAGACACAUCUGUUCCCUCCACUUCCCCCCCCCCCUUGCACUACGUAGAGUAUAAAAAACAGGUUUGAUGAAACAGAUUUUGGCUACAUUCACACCU